AAAAUAUAUAAUGAACUAUUUCUUAUGUAUACCAUGACAUACAUAUAUUUGAGUUAAAUAACUACGGAGUAUCUACGUUUCUUUUGUUUUCUAUUUCCCUCAACGUAGGAAGAGCUUAUCGAUAAAAUAAUGCGGGUUGAGCGUGCCGGGCUCCACCCAACCUCCCUCAGUCGGCUUUAGAGGCCGGUUCGGAGCGGAUGUUGCAGGCGCCAUUUUGCAACACGACGCCAUUUCGUGUAUUAUCAAAUCACUUCCUUAUUCUGUGAAUAUUAACCAUAAAGACACCGUACAACACGUUUUUUUUAUUUGAUACAACUGACUUUGAUUCGACAAAGUGAAUAAAUUGGAUUCAUACGCUCAGGAAAAAAAUGUUCGAAAACCUCACCACCAUGGCAGACGAGAAUUGAAGCUAUUCUGUGCUUCCAGCAUUCACCGUUAAAGGAAUUGACAAUUCAACAAUGAUAGGUGUAAAAACAUCGCAUUGACGUUCACGAGCUAAGGAGCUCUGAAACAUUCUCUCGGACUUUAAAUGCUAAAUUACAGACUAGUGUCAACGCAUUUCUUGAAGCAACCGUGAAUCGGGUCGGACCGUGAUUAUAGCUGACCGGUCAGUGCAUCAUCAAUAUGUGCCGAGACCGCGAUAUGUCAGAGUUAAGUUGUGACAUCAUUAAAUAAACUGAGAGCGUCCUGACUCUAGCCUCUGUGUUGUGUAUUCCGUCAAGACGGCGCUCGAACGCGUUCCGCCGUUUCGUUUUAGUUCAUUCAUUUUGUUUUACAUAAAAGGAUAAACAAUAGCCCGGCUGUUUAGUGUUAGAUUCUUCUCUGGAAGGGGUUCCGCUGUGCCGCUACCCUGGCCAGCCGUAGUCGAGAUAAUUUAACCAGAAUAUUGGAGUCCAUAGUAAGCGCUGCGCGAUACUGUAUUAACCAACGUAAAAGCGGAGAGAAUUUACAAAUAAAAAAAACGAGAAAUAAAUCUGUCCGGUUACCGAAAAUGGUUCGUUUGGAUAUAAUUCAGGGUUACGGAAACGAAAACCAGUGCUCAAGCGAGCGGCCUGUAGUAAUCUCUGGCCUGGGCUGGCGUACACAGUGCUGCGAAAGGGGCCGGGAGCAAGAGAAGGAACCAGAGGAUAAUAUGGCGGCGCCUGAAUGCGAACGAGAGGCUCGCAAGCGUCGCGAGAGACGCGACUCUGGAUGCGCGCACGAAAGAAAAGAACGAAGACCUCAUAGCGAGGAAAGAACGCCCCCACCACCGCCUCCGCCGCCCCUACACGACUUUAACAGGCUUGAGUCUGAACGUCGAGCAGAGAGAUUAUCGCGAGCGCGCCGUCCGCAGUACGGUGGCAAACGCCGCCGUGCUCCGUCCCGCAUAUCCAAACAACCUAAAGAAAACGAAUGCUUCACAACUACAGAAGAAAUCAGAUGCACCACCCCGUCCAAUUACGACUACGUUGUUAUACAAAAACCACAUCUAAGCGAUGAGCCGGAGACUUUAGACGCGGCCGCACUCCACCGGCAGGCUGGUCGCACAAGAGGCACUAUAUGCGAGGAUAGCGCUGGGGAUGCGGCAGAACGUGCCCGUCAACACGAGCGCAGUGCAGCACCCCUCAACAGCACUCGCCUAGAUCAGCCCUGCCCUGAUCGAAGGCUGGAGAAAAUCAGUAAGAAGAUUCAUAUUCUCAAAAAGAAUAUUGCAAAAUACGAAACUGACUAUGAGACAUUGCACGGACACGCGAUCGCCCCGAGCGACCGGAUUACCGAUGUACAGCUCACCCGAAUGUACGAAAGCCUACGCCAACUGCAGGCGGAGAAACGAUCUAUCAAGACGGAUCCCGUCGAAUACGCCCUGAAGGUUCAAGCUGCGAAGCUGCAGAAGGAAAGAGAUGAAAAAUUGGAGAUUUGUCUGCAAGGCGAUAAGCCAAUGUCAGAAAUCGUUAAGGAUAUCGAAGAGUGGUUGGAAGGUUGCCGUCAAGCCGGAGGUCGCUCGACUAUCCCAGAGAGCAGUUGGUCGUCAGCGCAGAUGGCCGCCGAGAAGCUGUGCGUGCAGCGCGUGCUGCUCCGGCUGGAAGCGGCGCGCGGCCGGCCCCCCGCGCACUCCGCAGAGCGCGGUGCCGCCAGACACCUCUACGAACGUUACAGAGCCGUGAAAAGAGUACUCGCCUCACCUAGAUCCGAUGCGCUGAUUGGCAGCACUAAUGGCGAAUUGGCGACCAUUCACGAGCACGAAACGAUGCUGUUCAACACGAGCGUCGACAGCUCCAGCGACUCCCAAGAAAAACCAUCUGAUUCAUCUCAGGAGACAACGGAAACUCCUCUCCAGUCUCCGCCCACACGUGACUCUGCCCUAACGGAAGAGAUGCCAUCGUCAACUUCCUCGGCGCAGUCAGCUACAAGCGACGACGCAGCCCCUUCUAACGAGGGCCUACACUGUCUCACCCUAGAAGAAUUGAAUCGAGCUCUGAUUGAAGCCAAGCUGCAGAAGAGUGUACUGCGUCGUAGUAUCAAGGAAUACGAAAUCAGCUUCGAAUUGCAGAACAGUAGGAAAGUGCAGAGGGACGAUAAGAAAGGUCGCGAGGAAGAUUACCUACGUUACAAAGCCAUUAAAGCUAGAAUAAAGUUGCUAAACGCUUUAAUCAAUAAACAAAAGUCUUUAACACAAAACUAACGUGGUGCAGCUUUCGCGUCUCAAGUGCAGAGCUUUCAUAGGAACACAUCGAAUACAGUUCAUAAUAAUCGAUUGUUGUUUGUCAAUCGUCUCAUGCAAAAUGAUGUUUUGUAAUAUCCUCAGCUUGAUAAGACACGCAAUGGAAUAUCACUUCAAUAAGAAAAUGUAAAAAAAAGUUUAAGAUCACAAGCUUGCCGAAAUAUAUGAGUAAACUAUUAUAGUUUAAAGUUCCUGUUGUUGCAAAUAAAAUUCGUUUUGUUACAAAAGAACAUGCUAGUAAAUAAAAAAGAGUAUCUUUUUAAAAUAAUAAACAAAUUGAUUACUUAAUUCGAUUCCUACGAACACUACAACAAAUUCAUUUGUUUUGUUACAUAAUGUAUCAUAAAUGUAAUAAUAUAUAUUAUUAUAUACUAUAACUGUGUAAUUUUGUAUUGUUAUGCCGAGUGCCCUACCAAAUUCGUGUUCAGUGGUUACUGAAGCCAUCCACCUCACAGCAUGAGGAUGAAAUUUCAAUUAUAUUAAGCAACGGCUGUCCCACCAGCAAAUCAGAACGAAUGCCUAUUUCACGACCGAAAUAGCUAGGGUGGUGGUACUUAGCUACCGAUGCGGACUUAAUACACCCAGCAGUAAAAACAGAUAAAUAUGUACGCUAACUAUACCGCCCAUUUACAGAUUAACUAUACCAUUAACAGAUUAGUUAAGUUACAUACGUCAUAAAAAGCUUUCGGAAAAGUUUUAUCAUUUAUAGUCAAAGAUGAUAACGUUUUAUUAUUAUAUAAUUUGUUAUAAUUUCCCAAAUAUUUAUCUAAGCAUUUUCCAAACAUUGUUAUGGUGCCAAACUUUGUCACUAUUGUAAUUUUUAUAACAAAGAAUCAAGAGAACAAAAACAGUAGGUACCUAUCGGAAAAGUCAUUUUCAUUAUAGGAAAUGUAUUUCUAACAUAAGAACGUAUAAAAGGCUUGGUUUUUAUAUGGUAGAUUUCUAAUUUAAAAUUAAUUUUAAGCUUUAAUAAAACUAUAUUAUACCUACAGAAUAAUGUUUACAUUAAUUGUCGUUUAUAUUAAAUUACGUAGAAUCCAUAAAAACAUUGUAAAAGUCCUAUUUGCAGCGAGUGUAAAUAUAUCCAAUAUUUCGAAAAUGUAGUUCCUUAAGAUUGUUGGUAAAUAUUGUCUAUUAGAAAAAUAUGAGAUGAAAAAAAAAACACAUUAACUACAUAAAAAAUGUCUAUAUCGGAACAGUUGUACAAAAAAUUUCGUUCCAAAUAUUUUAAUUGUCGUUCGUAAAUAGUGAUAGUACUUAAAUAGCUGAAGAAUUCCACAAUUACAUUAAAUAAAACUGGUCAUGAGGUACUUACUCCCUAUGCUUGUCCAUUUUGAGAAACGAUUCUCUUAAUCAACGAUAAUCGUAAAAUUAGAAAACAAAAACCUCCUUUUUAAUUCUCUUUGAAUUGCAUCGAUAGAUCGGAAUACAGUUUAAGUAGCGUUUCACCUGAAUUUUAAUCAUAGGUUAUAUUGACUUCAAACGAAUCACACUAUUGUAAUUACCAUUAUGCUUAAUUAAAUUUAAGGAUCUCUUUUCGACUGUACGUAUGUACCUGCUUAAGUGUUAGUAAUAUUUAUUAUUGAUCGUAAACGAUGUGAACGAGUUUAAAUUUCAAUGUUUUUAAGUCCUCUUUAAGAGUAGAUGAUAGUGUCUAGACCUAAAGGAAACUGUGAUUUGCCAUUGUGUCAGGUUCUUGUUUGACAAGAUAUGUUUUAGUGCGUUUUAAUGCAUUUUUCGUGGUUGUCUCUUGAGUAUAUGUUGUGAGCGAUUGAGACUUAAUGCUUUAAUUACGCGCUUAAAGAACUGGAGUUAAAAUAAAAAACAUUUUAGUCUGGUUUAUAUCGAAAAAUUGUAAUACACAAUGUUUAUAAGAAAAUAUUUUUUAAUUGCUUUCGAAGACCGACAAACCCGCGAAAACUCAUUGAUUGUAAAUGCUUAACGUCGCCCAUGGACAUCAACGUAAAGGACAUAAGGAUAUUAAGUAUUUUAAAUUUAAAAAUAUUUUUACAUUUUAACAAUGUUGUUUGUUAAUAAAACAGCAAAUACGUUAAAAUCAUUUCAAAGAAAACAUUGACUUGUACGGUUUAGUCAAUGUAAACAUGAACUCGAUCGUGAUAUCUUUGACCUAUGCUGUGUACUUCUUACAAGUUUAUAAUUCACUCGAAUACAUAAGUGGAGUAAUAAAACGGCUUUUAUUUUCCACAAUUUCUAAUAAACAUCAACGUGCCAUGUUAAAUUAAUAUAAAAUAAUAUUAUUUGCUAAUUUAUUUUACUUACAUUUAUAAUUACAGUAGCUACAUAACAAUCACCAUUGUACACUUCGAAGAAUUCACACUUCAAUCUCCAUGUUUGAAAUAUUUAAGAGUUCGUAUGUCGUAGGAAAUAAAAUUAAGCUUGAUAACAUAAUUAGAAUAUGAGAAUGGGCUCCAAGGUAUUAUUCGGUCAUGUUAUUUCAAAGCGAAAGCAUUAAGCGUAAGAAUAUUAUUUCGAUAGCAGAUAUUUAGAAUAAAAGCUUAGCACACUAGUUUCACUUGGGGUUACGCUAGGAAAACGGAAAAUAAUCAGACAACAAUAAGAUACAUUUUUUUUAACUGCUUAGAUGGGUGGACGAGCUCACAGCCCAUCUGAUGUUAAGUGGUUACUGGAGCCCAUAGACAUCUACGGCGUCAAUGCGCCACCCACCUUGAAAUAUAAGUUCUAAAGUCUCAAGUAUAGUUACAACGGCUGCCCCACCCUUCAAAUCGAAACGCAUUAAAUAAAUACAUGAAAUAAAUACCGUUCGCUAAUUCAGUAACUACAUCAGAUUGGAGCGGGAUUCUGCAAGUGUAAUUCAGAGUUCAAAUUAGCCUUAAUAUCGUUUUUAAGGAGAUUCAAAUUAGAAUGGUUGCCUCAAAACAAAAGGGACAGCUCAAAACAAUUUUUUGUUGUUUUAGUUGUUUUUUUUCUGUCGCAUGUAUUUUUCGAUACAGAUACAGAUUUUCGUGUUAUAUAUACGUAUUUUUGAGGUUCGCUUCCCUUUGUUAUUUUAUUUUUAUUUUACUUACAAUUUGAAAAGUUUAUUUCGAAUAGUCUAUAAGCAAAUAUAUUUGAGUCUUACAGACUACUUCUAAACACUAAUUAUGGAAUUUUAGUACUGUUGGUUGUUAGAAUUACGGCAUAUUUAUAUUGUUGUCCGAUGUACAUAUAAUAAAAUUAAAUACUCUGAAUAAUUAUAUGAUUGAAUGGCUAGCCAAAGUCUAAAAUUUUGUACAUAAUGUAUAAGUAAUUUUUGUAAUUGUGUAUCGGAAAUUAAUUCCUUUAAUCUCGAACAAAAUGUUAAAUAAUAAAUCGUUUAAGAACUUAAAAUAAGUAUACUAGAACUACUGCUAAUAUUCAAUAUCUUAAACAGAAUUACGACGGCUGAUGAAGUAUUCUCUAUAUUUUGACGAAAUAUGUCGUCUUGAACAAUACGAUGAUUAUAAAAAUUACCGUAUAUUUUUAAUGUAUAAGCCGAAUAAUGUGUCGUGAAAAAUAAAGUUAUUACUGAACACAUCAACUGUCGUCGCAAUUUACACAUUAUGUACCAUCAUCUAUUCAUAAAAUAAGUGACAUAUUAGUAUUGAAGGAAGUAACGAUUUGUUUAAUGUUAUUCAAAUUAUUUACGAUAAAUUUAAAAUAAAUACCAACAUGUAAAUA